AUGGAAAGUAACAUUUCGUCUGCUAUAAAGGAUAGAAAAAGAAAUUUAACGGAAUUACGUGAACAGAAGCGGGUUAUUUCUGAACAUAUCAAAGACAAGCGUAACGAAAUUAAUGCAUUUUUAGACCAUUUAGAAGAAGAAUUACAAGAAAAGGCAUCUACAGUUGGGAAGACAAACUGUGAGAAAGUAGAAGAAAUAAUUACGAAAUUGGAGGACGAAAAAGAAAAAGUAGAAGGAAUUCAAAAAGAUGUUGAAUCUGUUAAAAUGUUUGCAUCCAAUUUGCAAAUAUUCAUGGGAACAAAGGCAUUCCAAGAAAGAAUUUCAAACAAUGAAAUCAACGUCCAACAAAUAUAUGACAAAGGGAGCUUAAACAACGUGACAAUGAAAUUUACUUUCAAUGAAAAGCUAGAGAGGUUUAUAAAACACAUAAAAACAUUUGGUGAUGUAGAAAUUGAUAAUAGUGAAAAACAUGUUUCUUUUUUAUGGAAAGGUGACAUAUCAGCACAAAUUUUUAAACCAAAGUCAGUAGCAAAAUCUAUUGAAACCAUAAAAGUCAGGGUAGGACGUAGGAUUAACAUUAAUAGCGAAAGUAUUUCUGGAUGUGCCAUAUCAGAAGAUGGAAACAAGCUAUUUCUACAAGGACACAACAAAAGUAUGAUGAAAUAUGCGCCUAAUGGUGCAUUUAUUUCAGAAUCACGUAUCAACCCAGCGGCGAGCGACAUUGGGUAUGACCUUGCAGUGAUUGAUUCUAAUACGGUUGCUGUAUCAAGUGGUGUAAACCAUCUUCAACAGAUUUACUUUAUUGAUAUGAAUAGUACAAAAACGAGUCAAGUUUUUCAACUGGGGGACUGGUGUUUCGGUAUAAGCUACAGCAACGAUUCAUUUAUUUGUUGCACGUAUAAUAAUGGCAUAAAAAUAUAUGACAGGUCGAACUCUAACGUCCGGUUACUUCCAAAUUCUCCCAAAACGGCGGCUCAUACCUACGUUGCCUCAAAUGCAAAUCACAUUUUUCAUACCAAUUGGCAUGAUGAUUCUGUUGUAUGUUACGAUUUCAGUGGGCAGGUACAAUGGAGAUAUGUGGAUUCUACAUUGCUUAGAAAACCAUACGGCAUCACAUUAGAUACUAAUUCGAAUAUUUAUGUUGCAGGUUCUGACUCGAACAAUGUAGUCGUGAUAUCUCCUGAUGGAAAACAGGCAAAAGAGCUAAUUGGAGCUAGUGAUGGACUUGCAGAUCCUCGUGCCCUGUUCUUUCAUAAAACAAAACAAUUGCUUCUAGUAGCAAACUAUAAAAAUGGUGCCUCGGUGUAUGAUGUUAUUUAA